UGCUGGCAGCUGCUGUUAGUACGGUGAAUUGCCGAUGAUGAUGUGGAUGAAAUAACGGUGUCCAGUUCAUUAGCUUUGGAUAGGAAAUGGCAAGAUAAAAACAGUCGUUUUUCGCAGACAUAAUUUUGGAAGUGAGUGUGUCGCUUUUUAAAGUCGUGUUAUAUUUCUCUGCUUUGUUUUGACUUUCGGAAGAGAAGCAACAGCAAGCUAGCGGCAGGCUAGGAAGGCUGGCUAACGUUAGCUAGCAGCGCUCGGCGCAGUAAACGCUCAGCUGCCGACACUUGCCUUUAUUAAAAAAGAGGAAAUUUUCCGUUUUUCAGACAAUGAUGCUGCGAUAAGAUAACCCGGCUGGCUGUCGUCUGAAUGUUAACGCUUGGCCAGUUAACUUUUUGUACUCCAAAAGGUUUGCAGCCGACUUGAGACGAUGAGCUAAAUUGAUGCUUUGAUUCAGACCAGCGCAGAUCAAACAACUGCAGAGAAGAUGAGUCAGCACUGGCAGCGAGACAUAACACUGUCAGAAAGGUUGGGGAAUGACUCUCCUGUCGGUUUUGCCCCUGGGCCCCCAGCCACUGUGGCCCCACGAGGAUCCAACUCCUCCUGGAUACCAGAAGCCCCACUGGUCACAGUUGAGGAGCCAAUUUUCCUCAUGACCUCCACUGCCCAAACUAUAUCGGGUUUUUUUGUGUGGACAGCUCUUCUGAUUACAUGCCACCAGAUCUACAUGCACCUACGUUACUACAGUUCUCCAAAUGAACAGAGGCACAUAGUUAGGAUCCUCUUCAUAGUCCCCAUCUAUGCCUUCGACUCCUGGCUCAGCCUUCUUUUCUUCACCAAUGAGGAGUAUUAUGUGUACUUUGACACAGUCCGCGACUGCUAUGAAGCCUUUGUCAUCUACAACUUCCUGAGUCUGUGUUAUGAGUAUCUGGGUGGAGAGAGCGCCAUCAUGGCUGAGAUCAGAGGGAAACCUAUCGAGUCAAGCUGUGUGUAUGGGACCUGUUGUCUGUGGGGAAAGACGUACUCCAUUGGCUUCCUCAGGUUUUGCAAACAGGCAACUCUCCAGUUCUGUGUGGUGAAACCCCUGAUGGCAGUGAUCACUGUCAUUCUUCAGGCCUUUGGCAAAUACAGAGACGGAGACUUUAAUGUGGCUAGUGGCUACUUGUAUGUGACCAUUAUCUACAACAUCUCCGUCAGUCUGUCGCUCUACGCUCUCUUCCUCUUCUACUUUGCCACACGUGAACUGCUUGUCCCGUACAACCCCGUGCUCAAGUUCUUCAUGGUCAAAUCCGUCAUCUUUCUCUCCUUCUGGCAAGGAAUGCUGCUGGCCAUUCUGGAGAAGUGCGGAGCCAUCCCUCAGAUCAGCUCGGCUGACUUCUCUGUGGGCGAGGGAACUGUUGCUGCUGGUUACCAAAACUUCAUCAUCUGCAUUGAGAUGUUCUUUGCUGCUGUUGCUUUGCGCCAUGCCUUUACUUAUAAGGUUUACAUGGACAAAAGACUGGACUCGUAUGGUCGCUGUGCCCCAAUGAAGAGCAUCUCCAGCAGCCUGAAGGAGACGAUGAAUCCAGGGGACAUGGUCCAGGAUGCCAUCCAUAACUUCUCCCCAGCUUAUCAGCAGUACACUCAGCAGUCCACACUGGAGCGAAGUGGCGGGCCACCCCUCUCCCGCAGUCACAGUAACGUCAGCACCCGUGGGGACAACGAAAAGACCCUGCUGCUCAGCUCUGACGAUGAGUUCUGAGACUAACUCACUUUACUCCUGAAGCCCAUAUUGAGUUUUUUUUUAGCCAUGUGAGACAAAUCAGAUCUUUUGUUGCUACCUUAACAUGGAAGAUCAGAUUCUGUUUUUUUCUUUUUUUCAAGCCAGACGUGGUUGACAGACUAGGAAGGGAUUGAGUGUUUUUUACAAGGAACCAGAAGGAAACAAGGGAGCAUGACGAGGAUGGAAAAGUUGUUACAAAUAUAGUUGGGGAGAAGAUAAAUCGAGAUGUUAAGACAUUUGGUUUACUAAAUGGUCAGGUUGUCAUUUGUGUUGAUGUCAUAGAGGCCAUUACUGACAGAAAGACCACAUCUAUAUUCAUCCACUGAAUAUGGAUUGGUACAAAUAACCGUGCCUGCAUAUAGCAUCCUUAUGCUGCACUUUAAACACCAUAGCAAAAAAGAUAAGACAGAUAUGAGAUAUAUGCUAGAGCACACAAGUGCCAUCUUCACCUGAAACACACAGCCUCCUUCAUCUUUUAGUUUUCAUAUUGAUUCUCAAUCCAUACUCCUUCUCACUGCUCUGCCAACUCUGCCUCGUAUCGAAACAUUGCCAAAUAGAAGGAGCAGUACCUUGAGCUCCAGUUGAGAGACACUGUCUUAAGAUUUAGAAUUGAUUUAUAGCCAAGCAAAACUAAAGAGCCAUUGAAUUGCCAGGCUUCAUUUUAAUAUAUAAGAAUUUAAUCACAGAUAUUUUUUUUUUAUGUAAAUGUUGUAUGACCUUGAAGGUAUAACUUGUUUAAAGAGUAGUUUGUUUGAAAAUUGUUGUUCCUGAAAUGUUCUAAAUAUUCUGUGUUUUCAUUUUGUCGUGGGUCCAUAUGAACAAGUGACUCAAAAGAUUAAUGGUUACACUCCAGCUGUUGGCCUGCCUUGGGCUCCACGCACAACAUUGUUUGUGCAGUGCUGAGGGAACAGCUGUAGGAGAGAUUUUAGUGUGUGCAGAGAGACUGACGGAAGGACAACACCCACACAGAUUACAGAUUACUGAAGAAGCAACACUUCCCUGCAGAGCCAGCCCAGCUGUGAUGUGCUGCUGUGGAUUGUAAUCCCAUAAUUAAGGGCAUUACAUGUAGCACAGAACAGGCCUGCCUCUGCUGGUAUUAUUUUUAAUGGCCUCACUAAUAUAGCAGGGUGGUAAGGAUGUUUGUCAUUAUAGACAGAUAAGGCCGUCCAAAGAUGUGUCAGUGCAAACGAGACUUUAAAUCUGAUGAAUCACAUCUGGAAAAGGAAUAUAUGGGCAUUAAAAGCUGGUUAUGCAAGAUGAGAGAACGUGCAGUCAGUAAAUAUCAUCAAUGUCAUCCUCUGCGUCUUAUGACCCCCCGAUAACAGAAGCUGUGUUUGAGUUAACUGUUAAUACGUUGUCAACUGAUUGCUAGUAUGCGUUUUAGCAGAGGUCGGUAUAGAAGUUGCUUGUGGUCGUGAGCGUAAAUGUUUGAUGGUGGAGCACAGCAGUGUAAAGGCUCAGUGGAUCCUUUUGACAGGUGACAUUAGGCCCAGUGCUGCCUCUGAAUGUGUGAUCACUGUUCUCCUGUUAUGUUGCUUGCAGAGUCCAAACAGAUUUUAAACAUUGACUCAAGCCUAUUGACUGCAGGUUCAUGAACAGUGCGGUCCUUGUGAGUAAUGAAUGUAUUCAGGAUGAAGGAAACAGCCAAAUUGAUGUGCAUCCUCAAAAGAGCACAAUCAGCUUCCUAAUGAGAAAAUUGUAUUCAGUUAGCAGAAUAAUGAACGUGUUUGUUGAAUUGAUGAAGAGUUGGAGCUAUGAGUGCUAACACGUAUCCCUGCCAACCACAUUCUACACACGCACCACUUUUGCAUCCGUGAUUUACUGAACCUGUAGCGCUUCAGUUAAAGGCAGCGAUCAGUGAAAUUGUUCCAUUAAUGUAACAUUAACUUAGUGAUAUUGAAAAAGUGAAAUUCACUGCCUAAUACUCUGCCCCAUUGUGACAGCAUAUCAAACUGAAGCAUCUUGGUUCAAAACACUAUCAAAUGUUUUUUUUUUUUAAUGGAAAGCUGAAUAUAUUUAACGAGGAAAUAUACCAGAGAGGAAAGAAUGUUGUAAAUAGAGUUAAACUAGGCACUGCGAAACAUUCAUCAUGAUGAUCACUGUAAUGGCAUUGCUUGGUAUAGUGCUUUAGUUUGAUAUUUUAAUUUUCAUAUAUUCUCCAGUUUUAUUUCUGUUGUAUACUUUUUAAUUUGUAUAUUGGUAAUAUUAUCUCAUGUUUUGAUGCUAUAUUGGUUUUUAUUGGUGUUGACAAGGAAAUAAAAGACAAAUUC